UCUCGAAGCAACCCGAGAAUAACUUUUCACUAGUAAGCAGGAAACUAAAUCUGUCAAAUAAAUUAAGCAACAUGAAAUUUGGAAAAACCUUUGAGAGUUAUUUGACCACAGAAUGGCGACAGCAGUACAUGAAUUACUCAGAUCUAAAGGCAAUGAUUUAUAAGGCAGUACAGGAAUGUCCGAGCACAAGAAAUGCGUCGAACGCUUUGAUUUUACAGUAUUUUCUAAACUUUGAGGGCAUUUUCUUUGCACGCUUGCAUGAGGAAUUGCUUCGCGUUCAGAACUUCUAUGCCCAGAAAAUAGCCGAGGCACGUCGCAAGCUUUACAUUAUCGUACAACAACUGAAAGCCAGGACAAGUACAACCAGUAAACAUGGACCGAGCACUCGAAAUUUGCCACUCGCCUGCACCGAGUUCUACUUGAGCCUGAUAAUGCUGCAAAACUUUCAGAGUCUGAAUUAUACAGCAUUUCGCAAGAUUUGCAAGAAAUAUGAUAAGAAUCUAAAGUCAGAUAUGGGCGGUUUCUGGUUCGAGGAAUAUGUGACAAUUGCUCCCUUUGCCCAGGACAAAGAAUUACAAUCCAUGAUUGGCCAAGUCGAAGAACUCUAUACGGUACAUUUCACUAAGGGCGAUCGGGCCAAAGCUAUGGACAAGUUGAGAGUGCCUCCCUUGGGUCAAUGUGUUCCACCGAGUAAGAUCUUUAUGGCCGGUAUGGUGUUGGGAUUGUGCAUUGUGAGCACCGCCAUUGUGAUUAUUUCACUUUACUAUAUCCACAACCAACUGGAUGUGAUCACAAUCAUUGCUCAAUUAUACCGAGGCCCUAUUGCUUCAAGUCUAGCUACCUUUCUAUUUGCCCUGAAUGUUUAUGUGUGGCAGAACAAAGGUGUGAAUCAUGUGCUGAUUUUCAAUAUCGAUCUGAGGAAUCAUUUAAGUGCAGCCGCAUUUCUGGAGGUCGCCAGCAUAGUGGGUUAUAUUGUCACCAUGUCCAUGGUGUUCUUUAUCCACUAUAAAGAGUUUGAAGUAGAUACUCCAUACUACUUUCCAGUUUUGUGCAUAAUAUUGCCAUUUUUAAUGCUCGUCAAUCCCACACCCAUUAUGAAUCGAAGGGCUAGAAUGUGGAUUUUGCGCAUGAUUGGGCGCAUUCUUGGAGCACCCUUCUAUAAGGUAGUCUUCCCCGACUUCUGGAUGGCCGAUCAGUUGACUUCAUUAACCGUUUGCAUGGUUGACUAUUAUCAAUUGAUUCGUUUUUAUUAUCGCUACUGCCGAGGCAAAGCAAAUGUCUUUGAGUUUGAGCCAGACACUUGGAUCACUCUGAUUCGUUGUUUGCCCUCUUGGUUCCGUUUAUCUCAGUGUCUGAGACGAUACUACGAUAAUGAUUACAAGAAACGCAAAUUUAUAUUAAAUACCAUCAAAUAUUUCAUAAACAUUAUUGUGGUUAUUGCCUCGACUAUUGUUAUGGAAACGAAUCAUAACUACGAUAGCAUGUUUGAUAAUCCUUGGAUCUGGUUCUAUAUAUCAAUGUCCGUGAUAUCCACAAUUUAUAGCACUGCUUGGGAUUUUCUUAGUGACUUUGGAUUGUUUAAAGUCUGGAAGGGCGAAAACAUCUUUCUACGCAAUAACCUCGUUUAUUCGAAGUGGUUCUAUUACAAUGUCAUGGCUUUGAAUGUGCUGAUACGAUUCGCCUGGUCUCUGGAGAUGUAUCUAAUUUACUUCGAUUACGUAUCAGCCUUCAGUGCCAAGACAAUUAGCAGUUUUCUUGAAAUACUGCGUCGCUUUUUCUGGAAUUUCAUACGCUUGGAGAACGAGCAUCUAAAUAAUGUUGGAGAAUUCCGCGCUACUCGCGACAUUUAUCUUCACACAAUUUCCAUGACAGAUUUGAAUGACGACGACAAAAAAUUAAGCUAAGCAUUUUAAAACUUUGUUCAGACUGUCUCUAGAAUAACAAAUAAAAAGCAUUUGACUUGAAUUU